AUGCAAUAUCAAGUAGACUAUUUAUGGAUCAAUUUAACAAGUUGUCUAGGCAGAUACAAAGCAGUUGAUGAUGUGUCAGAUUUGAAUGAGUACAAGAUAAGAUGGGAAGAAAAAUCUUGUGAACCUGAACUUCCCUUUGAAGGAAUUCCAUUUAUAAUCCUUGGUUCACAAACUCGCAGCUGUCAUCAAGGACCUCAGCGUAAUAAAACUAAACAGGUGGAUUUUAAUUCGGCUAAUUCAAAGAAAAAAAAAAGAGAUGAGCUUGUUAAUUCAUUUUCUCCUACCACAAAGAGAAGUCUGAAAGUAUAUGUCAAAUAUCCAGAAAUUGGUGAACAUACUGGUCAUCUUAAGGAUGAACUCAAAUUUUCUUCAAAUGAUAAGAAAACCUGCUUAGAAAUGUUGAAAAAUGGAAAGAGAAUCAUCCAGAAGAUGAAUUUUUUAUCGUCCCGUGAAAGUUCAUCCCCUAAAAAGAAACCUAGGCUUGUAUAA